UAAAAGUUGUAGAUGGCGUAGCACGCGCGAGUUCCUUGCUCGCUCCUUUUGUGACAUUUUUGCGAAACGUUCAUCACGUUUUCGUGUGAAAACUAAUCUUAAAAUUCACACUAGGGCAUGGUCGAUAAAGUUUUUCAUACGAGAAACCGUGAUUUAAAAUCUCUAAUCGUGGUUAAGUUUUUUCGUGCCAAGUGCAACUAAACUAUCAAGAUUCCGCCGAUACCUCAAAGCCUACCCAGUGGGUGGCUUAACUUGGGAGCACCGGGUGAGACCGGCGCGUCUGCCAGUGCCGGGCACUCGAUCCCGCACGCCGCGCGCCCGCGCCCUGCGCCGCGCUGCUGGCGCCGCGCGCUCAACGUCGACCCCCCCUGGCUCCGCCGCACGCCGCGCUGACACACCACGCCGCACACCUGACACUUGUGGACUAGCGCUUGUGGGCCCCCACCGCCCUCCCCCGGCCCCUGACACCGCCGCCGCCGCCACACCUCGGCGCCCGACUGACCGCGGCCACGAACCGGCACUCUACAGGACUGCUUGCUAAACUAUACGCCAUACGAUUACUGGUAGGAUGAAGGUGAUUGAGGAAGAACCGCGCAUCCGCGUGAUGCAGGGAGAGUGGAGCGUCGAGGGCGCGGCGCGCGACAUCGUGGAGGGCGGCGCGCAGGAAGACCCCUUCUACAUCAUGGACCUGGGCGAGGUGGCGGCGCGCUACCGGCGCUGGCGGGAGCUGAUGCCGAGGGUCGAGCCCUUCUACGCGGUGAAGUGCAACGACGACAAGGUGCUGGUGCGCACGCUGGCCGCGCUCGGCGCCGGGUUCGACUGCGCGUCGCGCAACGAGAUCGAGCUGAUCACCGGCCUGGGUGUGGCUCCCGACCGCAUAAUCUUCGCGAACCCAGCCAAGAUGGCGUCCCACAUCCGCCACGCCAGCGCCGUCGGCGUCGACACCAUGACCUUCGACUCGGAGCCCGAGCUGAUGAAGAUCAAGCAGUACAUGCCGCACGCACAGCUGGUGCUGCGUAUCCGCUGCGACGCGGCCGCGGCGCAGUGCCCGCUCGGCAUCAAGUUCGGCUGCGACCCCGGCACCGACGCCCCGCGCCUGCUCAAACUGGCUGCAGUGCUAGGACUCGAGGUGGUCGGCAUCUCGUUCCACGUGGGGUCUGGCUGCGGCGAGACGGCGGUGUACGCGCGCGCCGUGCAGUACUCCCGCGCGCUGUUUACGCUGGGCGCCGCGCUGGGGCACCCGCGCAUGCGCCUGCUGGACAUCGGCGGCGGCUUCCCGGGCGGCGCGCACUCUAGCAUCAAGGAGGUGUCCCUGGUGAUCAACGAAGCCCUGGAGACCCACUUCCCGGACCGCAGCGUCCGCGUCAUCGCUGAGCCGGGCCGGUACUUCGCGGCGGCCGCCUACUCGCUCGCCGUCAUGAUCCACGCCAAGCGAGAGAUCGUGACGAAAGACGCUAGCGGCGAGGACGAGACGCACACCAUGUACUUCAUGAACGACGGCGUGUACGGGUCCUUUAACUGCGUGCUCUACGACCACCAGCAGGUCGAGGCCACCACUCUUUAUCCGCACACGGAGAAGCCGCUGCCCUGCUCGAUCUGGGGCCCGACCUGCGACAGCCUGGACUGCGUGCUGCCCUCCACCCGCCUCCCCCCCCUGCCCGUGGGCUCCUGGCUGCUGUUCCGCGACAUGGGCGCCUACACCAUGCCAGUGGCCUCGCCCUUCAACGGGUUCCCGCUGCCCAAAGUGAGGACCCUCGUGGACCAUCAUCUGUGGUCGGUGCUGAAAGGUCUGUGGCCGCUGGCGGAGUCCCAGUUCGAGCCGAACCUGGGCCGCGUGCCGGCGCCGCAGACCCCGCCGCCCUCGCCGCCCGAGGAGCGCCGCGUGUUCGUCGAGUGCGCGCUCAACGGAGCGGAGCGGAGCGUGCAACUGUCAUACUGCUUAGUGUAA